CAUACCCACAGCUUAAGAGUUAAGAAAAACGAAGAGAGAGAGAGAGAGAGAAUGGCGUACAAAUCACAAAUCGCGGUGACGAUCAUGAUCAUGAUCAUCAUCGCCGGCAAAUCGGAAGGUCGGGAGCUGAGGCCGUCGGAUCACGGCCUAGAGUUCCAGGAGUCGCCUCCGCCAGGGAAGAAAUCGCCGGAGAUGCUGUCGUUUUUCGCAGGAGGAGGAAGAUCUGCAGGCUCGUCGCCGUCGUCGUCGUCGACGAACGACGUCGCAUUGCCGAAGGCUACCAACUCGAACGACACGUCGUGGUGGUCCGGCGGCAGUAGCGGCGGCGGCGGAGGAGGAGGUAGGGAUCACGUGAGGCGAGUGUUGGUGGUGGCGAGUGUGGCGUGUGGGAUCACAGGUGUCGCGUUGCUAGUGGCUUCUGCUCUUAUUUAUCUCUUUCGCUACAAAAAGCAGAAAAAGUCGUCGUCGUUGUCGUCGACGUCAGCUCCACCAACAAACGACAAUAAUAGCAAGUAGUGCGUGGUCAUUCUUCACUGAAACUCCAGUUUCUCUUUUUAUUUUUUGGUUGCAGUCUUGUAGAUAAAGCAAAUUAAAAAAGGACGUUUAUAAUGCAAAAGAAAAAAAAAAUGGUUUUUUUUUUUUUGCUCUUUUUUUCCGUCUGUUCGUUGCUUAUUCUAUUAUGAUUAU